UCGAGCGACGAAUCGCGGCACGUACGGGGAACAGCGCCAGCGUAUCCUGGUUCCGGCUAGGCUUCAUGUCUGGCUUGGGCAUGACUGAAGCCACCGACCCAGGGUGAUGUCCCGGCUAUAGAUAAAAGGACGCGAGGGCCUGCGCAAAUGUAGUUUCUCCAUCCCAAGUCCCAAGCCUGGACUCAGCAUGCCUGCCCUCACUACUGUCCCCGCGUUCCCUUCCGACGUUCCAACGCACUCGCUCAUCGUCAUCGACUAUCAGCUGCUUCAAGCCGGAAGCAAUGAUGAGAUGGCGAAACUCUGGCACGCUGCUACCCACCUGGGCUUCUGGUACCUCAGAAACCACGGCGUCGACCGUGAGGUUAACGCCAUGUUCGACGUCGGCGCGGAAACAUUAGCGCUUCCCCUGGCAGAGAAGAUGAAGUUCGAACAAGGUGACACUGGCGACUCAUUUGGAUACAAAGCCCGAGGAACGAUCGCAACUGACCUGAGUGGCACCCGAGACACCGUCGAGUUCCUGAACAUUGCGCAGGACGACGCUGUCUCGUGGCCGCGGCCUAUUCACCGGACAUAUCCGUCAUCCGUCAACGCGAGGAUGCAGGAUGCUGUGAUUCCCUUCGUACGAAAGUCGAUGGCGGUCAACAACACGAUCCUGGACAUCCUCGAGAGGCUUCUCGGCCUGCCAAAGGGAAGCCUUGCCAAUCUCCACGCAACACAUGAACCCUGCGGAAGCGAGGCCAGGGUAGUCAAGACACCUCCCAAUCAGAGCACCGCUGGGAUCGGAGCGCACACCGACUUUGGAACUCUGACGUUCCUGCACAACCGUCUCGGCGGUCUCCAAGUCAUGCCACCUGGCUCACAAGAAUGGCUUUACGUUAAGCCUCUUCCUGGUCAUGCGAUAUGCAAUAUUGGAGAUGCUCUUUCGAUUUUCAGUGGCGGCAUCUUGCGUUCGAAUUUGCAUCGUGUGAUGCCGCCACCGGGUCACCAGUCGCGUUACGAGCGAUACUCCGUCGCAUUCUUCACCCGCCCGAACAACAAUGUUAUCCUCCGGCCGCUCACGGACAAGAGCAGGCUGAUUGCGGACGCCGCCGCGAAGAACCCGAGGGAAGAAUUCAACAGCGGUGCGACCGCCGGCGAAUGGACAGCGCGCCGGAUCAGAAAACUCAGGCUGCGGAACCGGAAGGGUCCAGAAACGUGGUACGAGGCCAAGGGCACCGAGCAUCCAGGGCUACGGCAUGGGCACGAAACAGUUCGUGCGACAGCAUGAUACUGACGAAGAGUCCAUCCUAGUUGAACGAGCGCAGCCUAUGUAGGACAUACCUUAUCUCUGUAUUAUCAUUCCAAGCUAUCUUGUGCAUGUAUGCGUAUACUUCGAUAUUCCUAACUUGUAGUACUUUACGCACGAAAUCAAUAAGAUUCUG